AUGAAUAUGACAUUGAGAGCAUUUUUGGCCGCGGCGAGGGCGGCCUUGACAGCUCCUCCAGCCGAGAGAACCCUCCCGCUCACCUUUGUGGUCGGCAAUGAGUCGGCAGAUCUGGAUUCCCUCUGCUCCGCCGUCGUCUACGCCUACCUCCGUACAAAUGGCAAGCAGCAGUCCCUCCACAUCCCGCUCUCCAACCUCCCCCGCGCCGACCUGGCGCUGCGAACCGAGAUGACGGCCGUCCUCAAGAACGCAGACCUCCUCCCCUCGGACCUCCUCACCCUCUCCGAGCUCCCCGACCUCAAGCCGGAGGACACGCGCUGGCUCCUCAUCGACCACAACAGCCUGACCGGCCCUCUGCGCAAGUUCGAGUCGCAGGUCAUCGGCUGCAUCGACCACCACGUCGACGAGGGCACGGUCCCCAGGGACGUGUCACCCCGCAUCAUCGAGCCGUGCGGCAGCUGCAUGAGCCUCGUCGUCGAGGAGAGCAGGAAGCUCUGGGAGGCGGUCGCCGCGGGUUCCCACCACAGCGAGGACGAGAAGCUGGCCCAGCUGGCGCUCGCCCCCGUCCUGAUCGACACCAUUAACCUCACCGCCAAGGACAAGACGAAGCCCAAGGACCGCAGCGCGGCCGAGUUCUUGCAGGGGAAGAUGAAGGAUGAGAAAUUUGAUCUGAAGGCCUACUACAAGGGCAUCGAGGCGGUCAAGGAGGAUAUCUCUGAGCUCAGCUUCCGCGACAUCUUCAGGAAGGAUUACAAGGAGUGGACGGAUGGCGGGCUGAAGCUGGGCAUCAGCUGCGCGGUGCAGAACUUCGACUACCUGCUCCACAAGACCAAGGGCAACGCGCAUGAGUUUUUCGACAAGCUGGGCGACUGGGCCGAGGAGAGGGAGCUCGACAUCAUCUCUGUGAUGACGACAUCGCAUCCCGGCGGGGAGUUCCAGCGCCAUCUCCUCGUAUGGGCUCGGAGUGACGAGGCGAUUGCUGCGAUACAGAAGUUUGCAAAGAUAUCGGAUUCUUUGGAGCUCGAGGCCUACGAGAAUGGAGAGCACGACAAGGCCGGACGGAGGAUGACUUGGAGGCAGAAGAACCUGGCUGCUAGUAGGAAGCAGGUUUCGCCGCUGCUGAGAGAGGCUAUGGAGUGCAGGAUGUAG